UCGGUCGUGGUCGGUGAUGUUCGGACCAAAAGCCAAAUAUGAUUGACAUGACACCCCAAGAAGUCUCGAGCUUCAUCUUCACUUCCUCCUCCGACGAGUAAAACAAUAAUCUAACAGUCAAAACUCAAACAAAUCGUCAAUCCUCUCUGUUAGUCUUCCCCACUUUUUCUUAACUCCUAAGCUUUCUCUCUCUCUUUCUCUCUCUCUCUCUUGUUACUUCAAGUAUAUAACCAGCUUCGGGCCUUCAGCGUGGCAAGUGAUAUCAUCGAGUUGAUCGGCAGAGAGAAAGAAGCAAAAAAUGUCAGCACACAUUUUGUUGGUUCCCUUCCAUGGACAAGGCCACCUAUUCCCCUUCUCGGAGCUUUGCAAGCUCCUUUCUUCCCGUAAUUACAAGAUUACCCUCAUCGUCACCUCUUCUCUCUCCUCUUCCAUCUCUGCCUCUCUUCGCCACCACUCUCUUAUCCAAGUUGCCGAACUCCCUGCAGUUGCCCCCUCUCCCUUGCCGUUGCCGGAUUCCGAUCGACACCACCACCACCACCACCCCGACCACCACAUGGCCCAACCCUUAUCUGAUUUCCUCGCCCGUCUAUCCGACGGCCCUUCGAUGCCUAUCUGUGCAGUAGUUGACGUUAUGAUGAGCUGGACCCGUGAUACCUUCGGAAAAUUCAAGAUCCCCGUCGUUAGUUUCUUCACCUCCGGAGCUUGCUCCGCCGCCAUGGAAUACGCCCUGUGGAAGCUCCAGCCCAAGGAUCUUGCUCCCGGGGAGACUCUUGAGCUUCCUGGCUUACCGGAAGACAUGCGCCUGACGUUCUCCGAUAUGUCACACAAGGAUCCGCCGCCUCCUGCUCACCGUCCUCCACCCGGCGGUGGUGGUGGCGGAGGCUCCCCUCCACCUCCCGGUCCAGUACCUAAACCCGGCCAUAAACCACCGUGGGUUGGUGAGACAGAAGGGUCCAUCGCGUUGUUGAUCAACACGUGUGAUGAUCUAGAACGUCCGUUUAUCGACUACGUUGCUAGGGAGGUCGGGAAGCCGGUCUGGGGAGUGGGCCCGCUUUUGCCGGAACAGUACUGGCGUUCUGCUGACGCAAUUGUUCACGAUCGCGACACCCGCACUAAACGCGAAUCCAACGUUACGGAGGAUGAAGUCAGUGAAUGGUUAGAUUCGAAGCCACGUCGCUCGGUGAUAUACGUAUCUUUUGGUUCUGAAGUGUGUCCCUCCGCGGAGGAGCUCUCUCAGCUGGCCGACGCCUUAGACGAAUCGAAGCAGCCUUUCAUUUGGGUUGUCCAAUCAAAUUCAGGCCGACCCGGUCCACCUGGAGGCCCUCCAGGUCCACCCGGUCCAGCCGCAGGCCCUCCCGGUCCACCCGGCCAAUCUCAUCUACACCUACACGGAGGUGAAAGUUUCUUUCCAGAUGCCUUAGCCAGCCGAGUAGGAGGGAGGGGAUUGAUAAUACGUGGGUGGGCACCACAGCUUCUUAUCCUGAGCCACACAUCAACGGCUGGAUUCAUCUCGCAUUGUGGCUGGAACUCAACAGUGGAAGCAAUGGGGCGAGGAGUGCCGUUGCUAGCAUGGCCGAUACGCGGUGAUCAGAUCUAUAAUGCAAAGUUGGUGGUGAGCCAUCUGAAGGUCGGGUUGAUGGUCCAAACCGAGAGCCGGACCGAGCCGGUUAAGAAGGACGAAAUCUUGCGUGGGAUCAAGAGGUUAUUGGCUGAUGAGGAGACCAGAAAACGGGCAGCUUCGCUUCGAGCCACAUUUGAUCAUGGCUUCCCGGCCAGCUCUCUGGCUUUUUUGGAUGCUUGCAGGGACUUCAUCAACAAAACUUGUGGGGAUAAAUGAAAUGACAACCCUAUCCUCUUCCACGUGCAUAUUAUUAUGGAAUAUGAUCAUGUAUUAUUCGUGUCUGAAAUAAUGAAAUCUGAAACUCUGGAUAGGCAGGCAAUAGUGGGAUUAUGACGAAAGGAAGGUAGUGUAUUGUCCAUUCCGAUUUUUUACCCUUUUCUUUCUAAAAAAACUGAUUUAGGCCAUCUUUGAUACUAAUACAUUUCAUCAAUACAUAAAUGAUGGAUUUUGAAUUUAAUAA